AUGAGUAGUGGUACAAGAACACGCUCAUUAGCAUCACGUGUGGUGGCGUCGCUGUCGUCGAUUGAUGGAAAUUCAUGCUCUACAAGAGAUCAUCAGCAGAGGGAACAACUGAAACAAAUGUCCGGCAAAGGUAUUGACGAUGAACGAAAUUUACACACGGCGGCAUCAUCAUUAUUACCAACAACAACAACAGAACAAUCAGCAGACUCAACACCGUCAGCAUCGACGGUGAUAUCAAGUCAAAAAAUGAGACGUCUUGAAUCAGUCGCUUCACAUUUACGAAAAUAUUCGAUUACAACUGUUGAAAGUCCUUCAUCGUCGUGUUCCGAUGAUACACUGCCUGAUCAUUCGCAUCACGAUCCAAUUGAUUGCGAUUCAGCAACCACUAACAAUACACUAGCAACAAUGUCAUUAUCUGUUGAUAGUCAACGAGAUACAGGAACAGAUACUGAUUCCAAGGGUGACUCCGACUCGUUGGGAAUGAGCAAUGAUAGCGAUUCUGUGGUUUCACCGAAUGCUUCGUACGCUUAUAGCGGCAGAUUGUAUGACAACCAUAACGGUGACAAUACUGAAUGUGGUGAUCAGUUGACGCCGCCAUCCAAAGCAUCAUCUUUGGUUGUUGGGCCAGGUGGUGUGACAAUUCCGCCAAUGAAUCAACUCAAAACACUUCUCCCAACUGGAACUAUUGAAAUUAUCUGCCUAACAUGGAAUGUUGCAUCGAAAUCUCAAACAAAUCUUGCACGCAUAAGUGGUUUACUCGCUGAAGGGCAUCCAAGCGAUCGUGCAGAUGUUGUUUGUGUUUCAUUUCAAGAGUUACCUUCAACUAACGCAAAGUAUCAUGAAGAUGCACUGAAGCAAAUGAAUGAAGCAUUGCACGAGUCGCAUUCGACGUUCUGUUGGGUACGUAAAUGGUCGCAGAUGUUGAUGGUUUUUAUACGCAAAUCGAUGAUCUCUUUUGCAUCUGCACCUGAAUGGCAAUUCAUCUCGAGUACAGCGAUUGUGAAACCGAUUCGUACAAAAGGCGCGAUUGCCGUUUAUUUCCGAUUAUUUCAAUCGUCAGUUUUACUUAUCGCCUCUCACCUCUCACAUGGUCCAUUAGUAAAUCGCUUAAACGAUUAUUCAAAAAUCUGUGAGUUGUUAAAAUUUCCAGCCAUUCAACGGUUCAAUUUACCAGCUUGUCAAAGUAUUCGAAAUGCUGAUUGUAUUUUUUGGUUUGGUGAUUUGAACUUUCGUCUAACAAGUCGUCAACGAGUGGAUGCACUAAUUUGCAAGCAAAUGUUAGCAAAUAAUGCACCUGUGGAUAGUUUCUUCUCGGAUUUAUUGAUAGAUGAUGAGUUAACAAUUGAAAAAUGCAAAGGAACGGUUUUUGCUGAAUUCGAAGAAGCGCAUAUCGACUUUCCGCCAACUCAUAAAUUCAUAAUUGGCUCGAAUGAUUACGUUUCUAAUAGGAUUCCCUCAUAUACGGACCGCAUUCUGUACUACUCAAAAGGGAACGAUCGUAUAAAACCACUGCUGUAUGAAUCGCUUUGGGAUGAAGAUUGUUCAGAUCAUAAGCCUGUCUACGCUGUUUUUACGUUACGUGUUGUUGAGCACAAGCCUUCUUAA